AUGGCGACGGUGGUGAUGGAGCAGAUCGGGCGGCUGUUCAUCAACGUGCAGCAGCUGCGGCAGAUCCCGCGCAUGCUGGAGUGUGCGUUUCCCACGCUGCCCUGCACCGUGACGGCGGCUGACGUGCCCUGGGUGUUCCGCGAGCCCCACAUCCUGGCGGGGUACCGGCCGCCGGAGCAGAGCUGGCGGUACUACGCCCUGUCGCUCUUCCAGCGGCACAACGAGGCGCUGAACGUGUGGACGCACCUGCUGGCCGCGCUGGUGAUCCUGGUGAAGUUCCGGGAGCUGGCGGAGACGGUGGACUUCCUGCGGGACCCGCACGCGCAGCCCCUGUUCAUCCUGCUGCUGUCGGCGCUGGUCUACCUGUCCUGCAGCGUGCUGGCCCACCUGCUGUCCGCGCGCUCCGAGCUGUCGCACUACACCUUCUUCUUCCUGGACUACGUGGGCGUGGCCGUGUACCAGUACGGCAGCGCGCUGGGCCACUACUACUACGCCAUCGAGGAGGCCUGGCACGCCCGCGUGCGCGGCCUGUUCCUGCCCGCCGCCGCCUUCCUGGCCUGGCUGUCCUGCGCCGGGUGCUGCUACGGGAAGUCCGUCAGCCCCAGUCUUCCCAAAUUCGCCCACAAGCUGUUCCAGGUGGUGCCGUCGGGGCUGGCCUACUGCCUGGACAUCUCGCCGGUCCUGCACCGCAUACACGCCUGCGCCGCCUCCAGCUGCUCUGAUCCCGCCGUGGACUACCACGGAUACCAGGUUCUGUUCUUCCUGGCGAGCGCGUACUUCUUCGCCUUCCCACACCCGGAGCGCUGGUUUCCGGGGCGAUGUGACAUGGUGGGGCAGGGGCACCAGGUGUUCCACGUGCUGCUGGUCCUCUGCACGCUGGCCCAGAUCGAGGCGCUGAGGCUGGACUACACGCACAGACGCGCCCUCUACCAGCGUCUCCACGGCGACCUGGCGCACGACGCCAUCGCUCUGUUCGUCUUCACGGCCUGCUGCAGCGCCCUGACCGCCUUCCUCAUGCGCCAACGCAUACGCACCCUGCUCCGAGAGAAAACAGAAAGCCACAGCACAGCGGCAGAGACCGCUAACUCUGAGACCGCCAACUCUGACACCGCUAACUCUGACACCGCUAACUCUGACACCGCUAACUCUGACACCGCUAACUCUGACACUGCUAACUCUGAGACCGCUAACUCUGACACCGCUAACUCUGACACCGCUAACUCUGACACCGCUAACUCUGAGACCGCCAACUCUGACACCGCUAACUCUGACACCGCUAACUCUGAGACCGCUAACUCUGACACCGCUAACUCUGACACCGCCAACUCUGACACCGCUAACUCUGAGACCGCCAACUCUGAGACCGCUAACUCUGACACCGCCAACUCUGACACCGCUAACUCUGAGACCGCUAACUCUGACACCGCUAACUCUGACACCGCUAACUCUGAGACCGCUAACUCUGAGACCGCUAACUCUGAGACCGCUAACUCUGACACCGCUAACUCUGAGACCGCUAACUCUGACACCGCUAACUCUGAGACCGCUAACUCUGACACCGCUAACUCUGACACCGCUAACUCUGACACCGCUAACUCUGACACCGCUAACUCUGAGACCGCUAACUCUGACACCGCUAACUCUGAGACCGCUAACUCUGACACCGCUAACUCUGACACCGCUAACUCUGAGACCGCUAACUCUGACACCGCCAACUCUGACACCGCUAACUCUGAGACCGCUAACUCUGACACCGCUAACUCUGACACCGCUAACUCUGAGACCGCUAACUCUGACACCGCUAACUCUGACACCGCCAACUCUGAGACCGCCAACUCUGACACCGCAAACUCUGAGACCGCUAACUCUGACACCGCUAACUCUGAGACCGCUAACUCUGAGACCGCGUUGGUGUACCGUUUCCACGGCUACGUGCCCUCGUCACCGUGA